CGACAUCAUGCGUCCCGGUCGGUCGAGAUGCUGGGUUCAAGAUUUCCAUCCUUGGCCAGUCCCAACUCCUCUGUUCGUCGCUAGGCAAUGAUUCUCGGGUCUACUGCGUAACAAUAUUCUCCGCUGUUCCAAUGGCCGAGAACACGAGAAAGGGAACUAAUACAACGAUCUUAAUUAAUGGCCAACGUGGUGCUGCUUACAUAAAGGUACAUAAGCGUCGUCACAUCGGGUACCUGGGGGCUUCACGGAUGAUGGCCAGCUCAACAUCCCCGGUGGACGACUCAACGCCCUCUCCAAGCGCCGACGCUUCACUUGGACUUACAAAACCAACCACACAUCUCCGUAUUAAGCAUGCACCGUUCAAGCUCAUGCACCCUACCUACCUUGAAGAUGAUCACACCACGGCUCAAGGGACUCAGUGGCACUCUCGUGCUUCAAGGAAACAUUUAUAUACAGUAAAACUCGCCAAGGUUCAUCUCGAUAAGCCGUCCACUGAUGCCGAGAAAGCCACCACUAGUGAAUUUAAGAUACGCGGAGAAUUACGGCUAAGGACAUGUCAUCCACAUUCCCUGUUGAAACCCCGUCUGGCUUGGGAUAUCUCAUUUUGGGUUGCAGUGUGGUUUGUGUGUGGGUCUGCAGCAUGGAUCAUAAACGGGUUUUUACUGUUUAUCCCUUUACUCUACGAAAGUUCCAGCCAAGGAGUCCAAGCAGCGGCAUGGGGGUUCGUGGGAGGCACAUUCUUCGAAGUCGGCGCAUUUCUCAUGUUCAUCGAGUCGCUUAACUCUGGACAUGAAGAGCUGUACAAGAAAGCACUUAGGAGCAUUUUGAACGAAGAUGGAGGCACGAGAAAACAAGAGAGGGGGAAACUUCGUUUAUUUGGGCUUGCACCAUUUCGCGAUAUUGGUUUCCUGGGCUCGACCAUUCAACUAUGUUCCGCAUCCAUCUUCUGGAUCUCAACUCUAACAGGCCUACCUGGAGUGAUACCCGGCUUCCCUGGGACGUCAUCAGUAGCUAUUACUGAUGUUUUCUACUGGACGCCUCAAGUGAUAGGUGGGACGGGUUUCACGAUCGCAUCUGUGCUUUUUUCCCUCGAGUGUCAAAAGGCAUGGUGGAAACCGAAUCCAUCAUCAUUAGGAUGGCACGUCGGAUUUUGGAACCUUCUAGGAUCUGUUGGGUUCACCCUUUGCGGAGCCUUUGGCUACGGGUCUGUUGGGAAUUCGUGGAUGAAUUACCAAUCUAUUCUGUCAACGUUCUGGGGCUCCUGGGCUUUCAUGAUCGGGAGUUUGUGCCAGCUUUGGGAGAGCAUAUGGAGAGAAGCUAAUACAUGAAGUUCAUGUCCAACUAAUAAAAUUUACUCGAAUUUGCUAUAUGUAUACAUCGUAGAGGCUAG